CACUGACAGUCGAAAGUAAAACACGUGCUCGUGUAAAAAUGUGGCUUAGGCGGUUAAAGAUCUUGGUACUUGUGGUGGGCGCAUGGGCUCAACAAGAUCAGGAGGUAUUCUGCAGUAUUCCCGAUCAAAUUGACGAUGGCGUUUGCGUUGAUCCCAGCGAUUGUGCCCGUUUGGAUGCCAGCUUUUACUCAGCUAUGCAGUGCGGUGAAAACAGGAUCUGUUGCGAUCGGCGUACCAACCAUCGGACUUCCCAGCAGCUUUACAGUGAUGAUGACUUCGGAUGCGGAACUGUGUCCUACGCGGGAAAAAUUCAUGGAGGAGCAAUCGCAGGCAUUGACGAGUUUCCGUGGGCAGCGCUGCUUUUGUACAGGGAUGAUGUGCCGAGAUGUGGAGGAGUUCUGAUCAGCAGAAGCUACGUCAUCAGUGCAGCUCACUGCUUGGCCGGACCCGGCUACAACCGACAUGGUCCACUGAAGUUUGUCCGGUUACGCGAGUACGACUUAAAUAACGAUAUCGACUGCUUGAUAUCUGAAGACGAGUACGAAGAUUGUUCGGAGGAAAAGCUAGAUGUCCCUCCUCAACGGAUCGUAGUCCACCCGGAUUACGAAGCAAACAGCAUCCAGCAACAUCACGACAUCGCGUUGAUCGAAAUUCAGCUCACUGAAGCGUACUCCGACUUUCUAAGUCCGAUUUGUCUUCCAACAAGUUGGAAAAAUGCAGGCCAUCAGCUGGGAAAGAUGCUGACCGUGACGGGUUGGGGCAGGACCGAUCACUUCCAAUCCUUGUUCGGAGAAAUAUCUAGUCCGAUCAAGAUGAAGGCCUCGCUUCCCUUCGUAGGUCGCAUCCGAUGUGCUAAGGCGUACAGUCUGCAAGAACUUGAGCUGAUACCCGGACAGAUUUGUGCCGGUGGACGGAGAGACAAAGACUCGUGCGCUGGAGACAGUGGAUCUCCCCUGAUGUUCUUCGACAGGCGCGCCAGUGUUUGGAAACUCAGUGGAAUUGUCAGCCGAGGCCCGUCCGUUUGUGGCAAGAGCGAUCUGCCGGGGAUCUAUACGAAUGUGGUCAAGUAUUUGCGCUGGAUUAGGGAAAUCACGGGAUGUGACAGCAGUGGCUGCUAAGCGUCCAAUGAAGUACAAAUACUCAACCAAAAAACAUUAUUAUUUCUAUUUUUGAAACGGUGCACGUUUGGAAGGACUUCUCUUUCUCUCUGAAUGAAUAAUUGAAUCUUAUGAAUAAUUCAAUUUUAUAAGCCUUACCCGACAAAAUUCGUUCUGCCUUUUUUUUUCGUUUGUUGACGUUUUUAACUUGUUUGCUUAUUCAGCCUCCUGAGAUCAAAAUUUGAUUUUACGUAACUUUUCCCAUACAAUCUGCAGAUUUUCCGGAAUCGGUUCCAGAGUGGCCAAAGUUGUGAUUUUUUGGCGUAAGAACCUUCCUUGGGCUUACACGAAUCCAACGCAACAAAGAGCACCUCGAUCCGACUUUCCGUGUUGAAUUGAUUCGCGUUUGAACAAAACCGUCGAAAUUUUUUAUAUAAGUUACGGAAAUUGCUUUCCGCAUAAUUGAUCGACGCCACCAACAUCGUCAGCACAGCCGACAACAGUAACCCAAACUGCGAACAAAGCUAAACUUCGUUUACCUCGCCGCGAUUAAAGCAAGUAGCUCGAUUAAUGCUCAGUAAGCAAAACCUCAGUACCUCAUGUGUGAGGCUCUGGGGGACUUUUCGAUUACAAUAAAGGCAGAACAUUUUGGACAGUCUAACUAACCACAUCGGCGUUAUUAAUUUCGAAACAUCUUCCCUUC